GUUCUUCAGAGAGUGCUGGAGGUUCGGAGCCCGAUCCAGAUCCAGGUGGUGAUGUUGCGCCAGAUGCAGAUCCAUGUGUUGCGCCAGAUGCAGAUCCAUCACCACGCGAUGAGGUUCUACAGCCAGAUGGUGGCUCUGCAGAUCCAGUGCAUGAUGAGGUUCUACAGCCAUCACAUGAUGAGGUUCUACAGCCAGAUGGAGUGGAGUUCGCUCCUGCGCUCGAG